GUAUGCCAAAGACCGCGAUAAAUGUGUUUUUAUUUACCUGAAACCAAUAAACAAUAAAACGUGAAUAAAAUUUGAGCUCUCAUGUCGUGAAAAUUGCACCUUCACAUAACGAAUCAUGGACGAUGAAUCAGAGUUAAAUUUGUACAAUCACAUCGAUCCAUUUAGUUCUGCACCGGGUCCAAGCGAAAAAGUGAAUAAAUCAAAGAAUGCAAUAGCCAAAAAUCAUCAGAAGAAAGCCAAUUUACAACGUAGCCCAAAUAAAAACAAACAACAAUUCAAGAAAAACCAAGGUCAACAACACCCUCAGCGAAUUGAAAACAAGCUCAGUGCCGCUGAAUUGUUAUUUUUCCCAAAGAAUCAUGUGGUCACUCCGAUAGAUUCGGCACCAACGUGUCCAAUCGAUUCGAACCGGAAGAAAAAUUAUAUGGAACAAAUUUGCAAAAUGACUCCGGACGAACGACGAAAGUUAAGAGGGAAACGGGAUGCACGAUAUCUACAUCAAAAUGCAAACAAACAAUUAGAAACCGAUCCAACGGUAGUAAAUGAUUUGAAACAUGAGAUAUGUGUGGAUCAUAUGAUCGGCAAAUGUCGAAUGAAUGCCGCUGAUUGUUCCAGAUCACACUACAUGAGAUAUCCACGUUUCUUUGGUGUGUGUAAAUUUUAUAUAACCGAACGAUGUCUUCAUGGUGACUUGUGUCAGUUUAUGCACGAAGAAUUUCCAUGUCGUUUUUAUCACUUAGAUUUAAACCAUCCGAAAAAUUUGGAUGCAAAUAAUUGUCGAUUCAGACACGGCGGACCACUUUCGGAGCAGUUGAAUCGGUAUUUUAGGAAAGAAAUUAGACAUUGGGUGGUUAAAAUGUGUAAAGAUAAACCAGAACAAGUUGACAACAUGCUUAAAGAUUAUUUGGACAAGUUUGCAGAGAAACAAGACCGAUUGCAAAUGGAAUAUGGUGUUCAGAUCAAUGAUUCCGCCACAAUUAUGAUGUCUAGCGAUGAUGGGUCGAGACAUGAUACCUCUCUGUCGAGUAAACAGAUAUUAGAAGCGAAGGGCAUCACAACCAUUGGACAGAUUAAUAAAAUCCCGAUCGAUGAUUUGCUUGAGUACGGAUUGAUAAUGGAUCAAAUACUUGAAAUUACCACAAGCCAAUCGGGUGAUUUGGAAUUAGUCGAUUCCAUUGACGCUAUUGACGAACCUAUGCUUGAUGAAAUGUCAACAAGCUCCUCUGACUCCGUUAUGUAUGGCUUCUCGGAAUACGAAAUGAAUGAAGCCGAAGCGAACAUACGAAUCAAACGGAGCAUACUUCAGCCGAUAAAUGUUGAUUUUUCGGUGUCAAAUAAUGACCACCAAACAGAAGAGCCAAAUAUCAGUGAAACAAAUGCCAUUUGCCAAGAACAAAAUCACCAUUCUGAUUCGGACGACAGUGAUAGUGAACAUUUAAUAAUAAGCGAAGAACUUUAAAGAAAUUAAUAUUUAUUCUUAAGCAGCUUUAUUUUAAAUAAACAGUUUUUUUAUAAAAAAAA